AUGACUGAAAACGAGGUCACCAACUCUAGCACCGCCGGCGCAGUUAUUGAACCCGAAAAGGUUCCCAAGGAGGGUGAGCCUACCACCGAACCACCUACCUCCAAAAAUACCGAAGAUGCUCCAAUUGAAGAAAUUGAAGAGGGCACCUUAGAAAAGUAUUCUCAGGGUCUUCACAUUUUUCACAAUUCUCGCUAUUUCGCUUUUGGUACCGGUGAAUCAAAGGUUCCUCAGGAAAAUCUUCGUCAAUACUAUAAGAAAUUCCGUAAGACCAUAAAAAUUUCUGGCUCGAUUGGUGCAACUCCUGAGGGUAAGGAAACCCCUGCCGAAGAUAAAGCCACAACUUCGGCUGCCGUUACUGAGGAGAACGCUGAAGUUAUACAGGCAAAACAUGAUGAACCGAAUUCCCUUCUCCACCUCCUUUCCACCAACAUCGCCCAUGCCACCCAAACCGGAAAAGGUCUCCUGUUUUAUUAUAAGUCCAAGGAACACAUGAAAGAACCGCUUGGCAUCAUCAAUUUAAAAUUCGUUGAGGAUGUCAAAGAAAGCAACGGAGCACAUGAAUUUAAAAUAAUUACAAAGUAUCGCGAGUAUUCAUUGGUGGCCGACAGCGAGACCACCAGGAAACGUUGGAUAACCACCAUCCUCGCGAGGACCCAACAGUCGAAAGAAUUUCCUCUUCCGGAAACAGAAGAGUACAAGAAUACGUACAAUCAAGUUUAUCAAGAUCGUUUCUUAAAGGAUUCUGGCGUCACCUCCGACUCGGAAAACUACACUUCGGGUGAGGACACUGAAAUAAAGAACAGACGCAAAACUACUUUCAAUUUCUUUUCCAAGAAACCCGAGAAGACCGAUAAAACUGAUAAAACUGAAACCACCACCACCACCGAAGUAACUGAAACGGUUGAAGGCAGUAGUUCUGCUGCUGUUAAAAAAGAAACCACCGCCGUUGCCACCACUCCUUCUACCACCGUCGCCGAAACUGUCGCCGUUGAGAAAACCGAAGAAACCGCUGAAACUAAUGUCGAGAAAACCGAGAAGACCGAGACAAGUCCCGUUACUCCCCAAAAGUCGUACUUAUUCAGGUUCUGGGGCAGAAAGGAUGAUGCUCACGGCGAAACAAAAGUUGUUGAAACCGCAGAACAGACCGAGAUCACGAGCGAGGCAGUUGUCGAAGAAGGAGCGAAGACGACCGAGGUGGGUUCCAACGCAAGGAAACCUGUUGGAUUGAUCCGCAAGAUCACAAAAGUAUUUAGGAAAGAGAGCAGUGGUGAUUCCACUAGGGAGGUCAAGGAAGUCAAAGUUGAAGAAGAGGCUGCCGAAGAGGUUGUCGUGGAAACGGCAGAGAAGGUAGAGAAGGUAGAGAAGGUAGAAGAAGUGGUGGCGGGGAGUUCCACCGAAGAAAAUAAAGAGGAGACCAGCGAGGUGAAGAAGGAGGAGAUCAGCGAAGUGAAGAAGGAGGAAGAGACGAAAGAGGAAAAGAAAGAAGAGAAGAAGGAAAAAGCUUCACUUUUUAAGAGGUUAAGUAAACAUACACACCCAUCACAACAAGAAGAAGUAAAGCCCAACACACAACCCACGACAGAUAAUGCCAUUACAUCAGCCGCCGAGGCAACGGAUGAAGAAUCCGAGAACGUAGUACUAAAAAAGAUGACGAACCCUCCCCGCAAACACGGUUGUCUAAAUAAAUCAGGUUAUCGUUUAAUGAAAUCAUCAUACGAGCAACGAUACUUUGUAUUUACCCAAGAAGGUUCCCUAAACUACUACAAGGGUAAAAAGGACGAUUCGGAACCAAAGAAGAUUGAGAUCAAUCAUGAUGUCAAGAUCACCAAGAUCGGAGAAUUGGGCUUCCAAAUCGAGACAAAACCAAAGAACUUCAAACUGUAUGCCCAAAAUACAAAAGAGCGAGAUGAAUGGAUCGAUGAACUUGAGGAAUACAAAAAAUCACUUCCAGUAACGAAUCCCGAAGAUCAAUCAUCAUCAUCAAAAGCCCAAGACGACGCUGAAAAGGGUGCGGAGACCGAGGAAAAACCCGAGGAGAAAGUCGACGACAAAACUGAGAUAACUGAGGUGCAAAAAGUCGAGGAGACAAUAGUCGAAAGCAAAACUGAGGUGGAAACAGUAAAGACGACCGAGGUGGUAACCGAGGUUAAAAUUGAAGAGAAAGCCGAGGAGAAAACCGAGAAAGUCGUCGAAGAGAUAUUAGAAAAAGUCGAGGAGGAGGCUAAGGGAGGAGAAAGCGAGAAGAUCGAGGAAGAAGCUGUCGUUGAAACUUCAACUACCACUGAGGAAAAGAAUAAUUAA